AUGAGUGUUCUUCGCUAUCUACAUGCGAUGUUGUUGGUAUCUCAGCUCACUCACACCAAAGAGGCGCAGCCAACAGUAAAUUGUCAAAAAUUCAAGUUUGUUAUCGACGAGGAUGUCGUCUAUAAUCACAUUCUUGAGGGUCACGUGUUUCAAAGAUUGACAGUCCACAGCGCCAUCCAGUGUCACAUGAAGUGCAAAGAUGACUGCCUGUGUGUAUCCAUGAAUUAUUUCCCUCUAACCAAAGAAAAUAACUGUGAGCUCAACGACGCUAACAAAGACAUGGAGCCAGCGGCGAUGAAAUGGAGUCAAGGAGGAAAUUAUUAUGAUUUGGUGAGAAGCUACACGGUGAAGGUGAGAGAUAGAAUCGUGAGUUGUUGAUAGAAUUGUGCUAGCAUUUAUUUUUUUAGUUACUUACAUUUUAUCAUAACAUAGCGCGCGCGCAAGGCCUACCUAUAUCCUAAGGGAGCUACCAUGAUAAAAUCCUUAUGUAGUGGACAUCCGUGCAUCCAUAACAUGGCGUGUGCAGUUUCACUUCGGGUAAAAGUCCCGUCGAGUUUAGCCGAGAGUAUUCAAAACUAUCACUAAAUAUUGUUUUUCCGUUCUAUCCCGACUGAGAUAGACCUUUGUAGCUCAAAAUAGAAACAAAAUAUGCUGAAUAAGACUCGUUUCGAAAAACAACGAGCAUGUAGAUCUUCAAGCGACGAAAUUACUUUAUUCACAAACGUGAUGAGGAUUAUGGCUUAAAACAGAACUUAGUUUUCUGACUUCAAGUGAGGCUUUGCGACGCUGGGAACUCUUAAUCAGAGAGGAAAAUCUUAUUUUGAAGCUUUGCUAUGUACCAAAAGUUUUGGUCACUAGAAGAUUCUGUUUUAAAAUCGUACAAUUUUCAGAAUUUAAACUCAAAGCUAAGCAAUUUUCUGGUCGUAAAUUCUAAUAAACAACAAUUCAAGCAAAUUUUAAUUUUAAAACCGUACAAUUUCAGAAUUUUUGAAAAUCCUUAACACAAGUUAAACCUACGCAAUUUUCUGGCCUUAAAAACAGCUGACAUUUACCUUUUCACUCAUCCUUCCUUCAUGCAGAUUGCUCGUGUUCGUGCGUUAACUAAAUUCAAUGGGCUUCCAUAAUAAAAGGCAUCGAAAGAACAGUAAGCUAAUUAAAGGUUAAAUUUUGUUGUAGGGUGGACGCAAAGACAUCUCAGGGAAGCAUCGCUGCAUCAACAGAUGCUGCAGACCCAAUCCUUGUCUCAAUGAAGGGGUAUGUCAGGAGAUAUGUGACACUCACGGCGUCCGAUUUUCAUGUGGCUGUCCUGACAAAUAUACUGGUCAGCGGUGUGAGAGGACAAAGCCAACGAGUUGUGAGGACAUCGCUAAGUACGGUGCCUCGAAAUCAGGAGAAUACGACAUCUUUGAUUCAAAAAAUGAUCCGUUUUCGGUUUACUGUGACUUGCAGUCUGAACCAAGUUUUGUAUGGACACUGAUACAGUCGUUUUCCUUGGCUAAAAAAGGUACCUUUGAGGGUAAACCAUUUGGCGUAAAUUUUGAGAUUAAUAAUGACAAAAAAAAAGCGGAUUGGAACGGGUACCGACUAUCAUUAUCACAGAUGCAGUCUCUUGCUGAUCAUUCCACACAUCUGAGAGCAACUUGUAACUUUCCUACAGAUGGUCUGCAGUACACGGACUACGCACGCGCAAAACUGUCAGGUCAUAACAUUUUUGGUAACUGGAUCAGUUGUCAGAUGUAUGAAUAUGUUAACAUCCGAGGAAUCAAUUGUUCUAAUUGCACCGCCCUGACAAGACAGAAAUCAACUACGUCUUGGACCAUAAGGAGUUACAGAAGCAAAGAAAAAGGAUGUGAGUUUGAUGGAACCCCAGGUGGAAUAAACAGCGAAUACAAUUUCGGAGAGUAUGGGAGUGACAAAAUGAAUCCGACUCACCGCUGCACGUCAUCAAAUACUUCUACAACACAACACUGGUUUGGAGCUAAAUAUGACGUGUGA